AUGGCCGGCACAGCAAUCUUGUCGAAGCCCUACCUCUGGGCAUUGGUCGCCUUUGUUGCUUUUCUCGUGUACCGUGUAUUGCAGGUCGGCAAACGUGAUCCUCGCAUGCCACCAGGCCCACCCACCAUCCCCGUCCUCGGAAACGCUCAUCAAAUCCCCCGUACCGGCCUCUACAAACAAUUUCGAGAAUGGGCCAAAGAAUACGGUCCUGUCUUUAGUCUCAAACUUGGACCAUCCAACAUCGUGGUUCUAUGCGACCGAAAGGCCAUUCACAAACUCCUGGUCGAAAAGGGCGCAAUAUACUCCGAUCGCCCAGAGACCUAUGUCGGGCACUUGCUGACAAAGGGUGAUCAUCUGGCGAUCUCUCAAAUGGACCCUCUUUGGAGAGAAAAAAGAAAAGUCAUUGCGCAUAAUUUUUCCCCGAAAUCGCUCGAUGAGAAACAUUUCCGGGUUCAGGAAGCAGAAGCCACAGUUCUGAUGAACAACCUCUUGACGAAUUCCGAGGACUUCUACCGCCAGAUCAGACGCUACACAGCGUCUGUAGCGAGCUCGAUUACUUACGGUUAUCGUGGCUCUACUCCAGACUCUUUCUGGGCUCAGGGCGUUUAUGAUGUUAUGGACAAGUGGACCGCGGCCAUGGAGCCGGGAGCGAAUCCACCAGUCGACGAGUUCAGGUUUCUUCAAUGGGCACCAGCCUCUCUAGCAUUCUGGAAACGUCGGGCGAUUGAUGCCGGCUCAGUCAUGGACAGUGUUUGGGGUGAGGCACGCCGUAGGAUCGACGAGAGACGUGCUAAAGGCGAACGACGAAAUUGCAUCAUUGACAAUCUUCUCGAUGAGUAUGAUAAAAAAGGAAUGCCGUUCUCGAAGCACGGGUUUGACAAUUUAAUGGGGGAGGUGGUGGAAGGAGGUGCAGAUACAACCGCAGCCCAGCUUCUCACAUUGAUUCUCGCUUUUGGCCUCUACCCGGAAGUUCAGAAAAAGGCCCAUGCCGAGAUCGACGCUGUUUGUGGCACUCAAAGAGCUCCUCUAUGGUCUGACUUUGAAAACUUGCCGUACAUUAAUUCAAUUAUAAAGGAGGGUAUGAGGUGGCGCCCAGUGGCUGUUACUGCACUGCCGCAUCGAGCACGAGAAGAUAAUUUCUACGAAGGUUUCUUUAUCCCCAAGAACACAACCGUCUUUUUACCCACAUGGGCAAUCCAUCAUUCCGCAGAUAUCUACCCUGAUCCAGAAAACUUUAAUCCGGACCGAUACCUUGAUCAUCACAGACUAGCGAGUGAUUAUGCUGGAAGCCCUGAUUGGGCGAAGCGAGAUAAGUUUCUACUUUUUACCUAG